AUGAUUGGCACUGAGGACAUGUCCACAUCGACUGGCAUGGAUAUAAGUGAAUCCUUUCGUGCCGAGGAUCUCUCGAAGACGGACUUCUUCGAUUUUGUCACAGCGCCUGACAUGGGCAUUGGCAUCGGAGUCGGAGUUGGAGUCGGAGUCGGAGUGGGCGUAGGUGUCGAUGUGGGCGUGGGCAUUAGUCUGCAACAGCAACAGCAACAACACCAUCAGCAACACACACAACAACAACACAGUCACAAUCACAAUCACAAUCACAGCCAAGGACAUCAGCCAACAACGUCACAAACACCACAGCAGGCAGUUUGCGGGGGAGGGGCGAGAACCAACAACAACAACAACAACAACAGCAUGACACACGAUGGCGGGGACAGCGGGGGUGGAGGGAUCGUGGCAGUGAGCAAUCGAAAUGGCAGCACCAGCAAUGGAGGAGAUCCCACGUUACAGGGCUACGAGUUCUGGCACCAGGACAAGGACAGCAGUCGCCUUGACUCCAGCUCGAUAUUUGAGGAUCUGGAUCGUUACUGUUGGCAACAGCAACCGGUGACGGGGAGUGUGAAUGCGAGCAGUGUGCGAUGCAGCAAUCAAGCGAGUCCCACAUCUCCCCAUCAGCAACAUCAACACCAGCAACAGCAACACCAACAGCAACACCAACAGCAACACCAACAGCAGCAACAGCAACAACCCAAUGCAAGCAGCUCAUCGAGUGCGGCGGGCAGCAGCAGCGAUACCAUAAGUAGUCUGGACACAACCGAUGGACAGAUCUACACACUGACAGUAUUAAAUGGCGGCGAGCCUUGGCUGAAACGUGCCGAGACGGAACAGUUGCCCAGCUCCUUGGAUCUGGACAGUUUGCUGGGCAGUUUUCCGGGCUACAUCAAGUCGGAAUAUCCGUAUGAUGACAGUGGCUUCAGCACGGAUGGCAAGGAUGUGAUUGGGAGUGCCACAGAUGCCAAUGGUCUCAGCAGCAUAAGCCAAACCACAACACAACAGACACAUGGACAGACGCUGCCUUCCUUGGUGACAGCCAUUUCCAUAGCGGGUGGCGUGGGGGUCAAUGACCUGGGUCAGCAGUUGGCCCAGUUUCAGAACAACAACAACGAUUGGCACAUGGCCGAUCACAAUGCGGAGGCGGUUGAGAAUACGGCGGAGUCUCUGCUGCGCAGUGCACUGCAGGGCAAAGGUUAUUCCAAGGGCAUACACAUGCAGAACGGUCUCAGUUUGCCAGUGGUCAAGGAUGACGAGAUGCGUAGACUGCUCUUCAGCGCAGAAGACGCAGCCGAUGCCUUGGGAUUUGCCGACUCCACGCUGAAUACGGCGCAAAUGUUUGGCGAUGUUGCCAGUGUGGCCAAUCAUGGCCAGCAUGGCGUCAUUGUGGAUGACAUGUUCCUGUCGCUGGAGAACGCCUUCAGCGAUGACUUUGAGAAGAUCAAGCGCAUUGCCAAUGAGGUGCAACAGUUUUGCAGCACGCCCACGCCAGCGGAUUACGCCGGAAGCGGCAACGGCAGCACGGAUGUGCUCAUGCAAAUCUCGCCGACAGCAACAGCAACGGCAACGGCAACAGCAGCAACAUCAACACAGCUGCAGCCCUUGAGCAAUGCACAGCAGCAACAACAAACGUUGUCGACGCCAGCACAACCCUUGAAACCGGAAGUGUCCACCUCAACGUCAGCUGGCAGUGUUGCCAGACUGGGCGGCGUUAGCAAACCCAAAAAGCAAUACAAACGCAGCAACAGCGCUGCCAGCAACAACAACAACAACAAUCCAAAUGUGGCCAACAACAACAACAGUAGCAGCAACAACAAUAGCAGCAACAACACUGUGCUGGGCGUGGUCAUUGGAGGCAGCUCCUCCUCCAGCGGCAGCGCGAGCAGCAGCAGCAACAGUCCCCCCGCCAACUGCUCGGCCAGCGGCGGAUCCGGCAGCUCGGCUGGCUCCGGCGGCGGACAGCGCAAGGAGCGCUCCUUACACUACUGCUCCAUCUGCUCCAAGGGCUUCAAGGAUAAGUACUCCGUAAAUGUGCACAUACGAACACACACGGGCGAGAAGCCUUUUGCCUGCUCGCUCUGUGGCAAGAGUUUCCGCCAGAAGGCACAUUUGGCCAAGCAUUAUCAGACCCACAUGACCCAAAAGAACAAUGGCAACCUAAUCAAAGGCAGCUCGGCCAAGCAUCAGCGAAGUGGCUCAAAUGCCGCGGCCAAUUCAGCGGCGAGUCUUGGCCAACAGCGGCAACUGAAUGCGGCUGUUGCAGUUGCCACGCCCAGUUUAUUAAAUGCGGGCGUUGCUGCCCAUACACCGCCUGGAGUCUUACCGCCCGCCAAUGGACUGCUCGCCAAUCGGUAA